AUGAUUCAUAUUGCAGGUACAUUGUUGGUUCUUGGGGUUGAAAUGGGAAAGACGCGAUCGCGGGUGUCGGCGGGCAGCCGGGCGCAGUGUCGCACGCGCCGCCCGCGGCCGCAGACCGCUCCGUCGCUCCGCCGAGCCCCCGCCCUCCCGCUCUGCCGCACCACGCGUCCGCUGGGCGCGCCGUGCGGGCCGCGGGCCCGGCCCGCGAGCCUGCUGCUACUCGCCGCGUGGCUGGUGGUCGUCCGAGCCGACCCCGCCUGUCCUCAGCCUCCUCAGCUCUGCGCCUCCUGCCGGUCCUACGAGAGCGCGCGCGAGCACAGCCUCAAAGUGAUUCGCGAGAGCCUACUCGCCAAGCUGGGCUUCGCCCAGGCGCCCAACACGACGGGACGGCAGCUGCCCCGAGUGCCUGCAGAUCUCAUUAAACGCUACGAGAUGAGGCCUCCGCCUCCCGGCGUGCAGGCCGAUGCGCCGGCGCUGUCGCGGACGUUUGUCACCCACACGGAACAGGACGACUUCUUAGCUCGCACCGAUAAUGUCCUCGUAUUUGCCCGUUAG